AUGCAAAAGGAAAUAUAAAAUUAUAUUGGAGAUUUUAAUCUUGAAUACUCUAAUGUUGCUAUAUUUGGUAAAAUUUAAUUGCAAGUGCAAAAAUAUUUAAUUCUUAUUGUAAAUUCAUAAUGUGUUGGAUAAUUGUUAGGACAUGAAAUAUACAUGAUAAAAUAAUUAGUUUUCUAUCCUUUAUAAGAGAGUGAAAUAAUACAUAAAAAUGAUUUAGUCUAUGUUGAGAUGAUUAAAUCAAUCAUUUGCAAUGAUUCCUGUUAUUAUAGUUUAACAUACAAUCUUACUCAUAGUUUAUAAUAUUAGAGAAACAGAAACAGAUUUGCAAUUAAUCAAAAAUACAUUGAAAAUAUAGAAAAUAAGACUUAUGUAAUAAAUGGAUUUGUACAAAUAUAUAAUAAUGCUAAUCUUACUUAUUGUUAGAUUGUUCGAAGAGAAUGUUUAAGACAAGGAAGAAGAUUUAUUUAGAGAGGUUGUGAUUAAUAAGGAAAUUGUACAAAUUAUGCUGAGAUUGAGGAUAUUUAUUAAAUUAAUAGGUCUACAUACUCUUUUAUUUAAGUGAGAGGAUCAUUACCAUUCAAGUGGUCAUAAUUACCAUCUUUGAAUCCAAAACCAAAUAUUGUAAAUCUUAAAUUUUAUGUAGUAAAUUGAUAGCAAUUUCGAUAAUAAUAUAGAGCUUUGUAAUACUCAUUUGUUUAGUCAAAUCUAAUAUUACAGAGAGAUAUUUAUUUUAAAUUUAAUUGAUCGUAAAGGAAAGUAAUAGAAACUUGGAAAUUAUUUUUAAUCAAUUUUAGAGUCUUUUUAAAGAAGGGAAAUACAGUAUUUUUGGUUUGAUUUUCAUAAAGAAAGAAAGAAUUUAAAUAAAUUAGUAGAUGAAAUUAGUCCAAUUUUAGAAUAAUAUGGUUAUUACUAAAUAGCAAAUUAAAAUACUAAACUAAUUUCUGUAUAAAAAGGAGUUUUUAGAGUUAAUUGUAUGUCAUGUAUUGACAGAACAAAUGUUGUUUAAUAUUUAAUUAGUAAAUUUAUAAUGGAAGAAAUUAUUGAGGAUUCUGGUUUAGAUGAAUCUAUAGAAUAUAUACAUAAAAAAAUAUGGAUUAAUUCUGGAAAUUUAUAAAGUAGAUUAUAUGCAGGUACUAAUUCAUUAAAGAAUGAUUAUAUAAAAGUUGGUAAAUAAACAAAGUAUGGAAUAUUAUAAAAUGCAGUUAUAUCAACUUAGAGAUAUUUUUUAAAUCAUUUUAACGAUUAUCAUAUACAAAAUUGUAUUGAUUUAACUUUUGGUUUAUGGGAUAUGAAUAAUACUAGAUUUCAUAACUACAAAUUUGAAAAUUCUCUUCAAAGAUGUAUAAUAAUAGUAAUAAAUAAUCACUAUUAGAUAGUUUAUUAUAUUGAUGUUUGUGUUCACUUAUUUAAAUUUGGGUUUACUUAGCCCUAUAUUAUCAUUAGUAGUUCUAUACUAUUUUCCAUAAGUAUAUUAAGUAAGAUCAAUACUAACAUAAUGA